CACACAGGCUCCUCCCCCUCCCACGGAGCUCCGGCAUUCAAGCAAAGAGCUCGAACAUCUCUCGGCUGCCUCUGGAUAUGAUGCGGUAGUUUUCCUUUCAAAAUCUGCAGAGUGUUGUGGCUCGGCCCUCGUAAGGUCACAGUGAUGCUCCCGGCGCCUCCACUGUGAUCUCUGCUGCUGCGGUUUCCACAGAAACGACACAACGGUGGGCAGAAAGCAGUCCAGCCGCAAAAAGAUGACGUCUUCAUCGCCCACUCACAGUGACAGCAGCGGCUCCUCAAAGCAUGACAGUAACCAGGACAGCUGGGAGAUUGUGGAGGGGCUGAAGGGGUUUCCUGCCAGCAUGCAGGAGCCUGUCAGACAGGAGGGCUUCCUGCUCAAGAGGAGGAAAUGGCCCAUGAAGGGAUGGCAUAAGAGAUACUUUGUGUUGGAGAAAGGCAUCCUGAAAUAUUCAAAGCGAGGAAGUGAUCUGAAGAAGGGAAAGCUUCAUGGCUGCAUCGAUGUCGGUCUCUCCGUCAUGUCAGUCAAGAAGAAAGCCAUGUGCAUUGACCUGGACACGGAGGAUAACAUCUAUCAUCUCAAGGUGAAGUCUCCAGAGCUCUUUGAUGAAUGGGUGUUGAAGCUGCGGCAUCACCGCGUGUUUCGACAGAAUGAGAUCGCCAUGUACCCCCAUGAGAGGCACCUCUUCCACCCCCACGCCUCCUCCUCCCCCACCCUUAACGACUGCAUCAGGAAGAGGGCCACUCUUACAAAGCAGGCGUCAAUCCAGCAGGCUAAGGUCAGUGCCUGGCUCCACUCUUCAGAGGACAUGGACAGAUGCUGCAAAGACUUGGAGGAGUGUGAAUCGUACCUGCUGGAGCUAAACUUGCUGCUAAAGAGCAUGGAAGUCCUCCAUCGCACAUACUCAGCACCAGCCAUCACUGCACUACAGGCAUCUACGUAUGACAUUCCUAAGAAAGAGAAGAGACCAAGGAGGUGGCGAUCCAAGAACAAUGGCAAAGACGCCAAAGCCACUCUACAGGUUCCUAGCUGUAUCUCCUCCAAAUCACCUCGCCUCCAUGCGUCCAACCCCAAUCUCUACACCGCUGAGUCAAACACCCAGGAGGCCUGUCCUGAAUCCCCAGACUCACCUACAGAUGCAUCCCGACUACAGGAGGAUUUCUGCAGACUGGCCAACAACAUCCACACCACACUCAAGUCAGCCUUUAGCUCCUUGUCAGCAGAAAGAGACAGACUGAAGCACACCAUCCACAUGCAGGCCCCCCAGCCAGCACAGGUCAUAGGCUUGAAGACCACCUAUUCCUCAGACUGUCCAGAUAGCUCCCGCUCCCUGGUCCACCAGGUGUCCAAUGAGAGCAAAGCAUCGAUCCCGGAGUCGAUCUCGGAGUUCUUUGAUGCUCAGGAGUACCUCCUCUCCUCUUCCUCCUCUGAGAAUGAGGUGUCAGAUGAUGACUCCUACAUCAGUGAUGUCAGUGACAGCGUCUCCAUGGAUACCUACAGCAACGAGGGAGGCAGCGAGAGACACAACUCGGUCAGCAGCGUGGUGCCCCUGACUCGCCGUCGCUCCACGCUUCCCUCCCCCAGCCCCAGCAGCAGCGGCGUGAGCUUGUGGAACAUCCUGAAGAACAACAUCGGGAAGGAUCUGUCCAAGGUGGCCAUGCCAGUGCAGCUCAACGAGCCGCUCAACACCCUGCAGAGGCUGUGUGAGGAGGUGGAGUACAGUGAGCUGCUGGACACUGCCAACCAGACCCAUGACCCCUACCAGCGCAUGGUGUAUGUUGCUACGUUUGCGGUGUCUGCAUAUGCGUCCAGCUACCAUCGAGCAGGGAGCAAACCAUUUAACCCCGUCCUGGGAGAGACGUACGAGUGUGACAGAGCUGACAAGGGCUUCAGGUUCAUAGCAGAACAGGUGAGUCACCACCCACCUGUGUCGGCAUGUCACUGUGACUCAAAGAACUUCACCUUUUGGCAAGAUGUCCGAUGGAAGAAUAAAUUUUGGGGCAAAUCCAUGGAAAUAGUUCCCAUGGGAACCACUCAUGUCACCUUACCCACAUUUGGGGACCACUACGAAUGGAACAAAGUGACAUCUUGCAUCCACAACAUCCUUAGUGGCCAGCGCUGGAUUGAACACUACGGAGAAAUGGCCAUCAAAAAUGUCAACAAUGACGCCUGCCAGUGUAAAGUCACUUUUGUCAAGGCAAAAUCAUGGAGCUCUACAGUGAAUGAGAUAGAAGGCGUGGUUACAGAUAGAGAUGGAAAAGUUAUACACUCCAUAUUUGGGAAAUGGCACGAGGGGGUGUAUCAAGGAGACCCGCCUUCUGCCACCUGCAUCUGGAGAGCAAACCCCAUGCCAGUGGAGCAGGAACAAUACUACGGCUUCACUCAGUUUGCAGUGGAGUUGAAUGAGCUAGAUCCCAGCCUGAAAACUCUGCUGCCCCCUACAGACACGCGCCUCAGGCCGGACCAGAGGUUGCUGGAGGAUGGGAACAUUGAGGGAGCCGAGGAGCAGAAGCAGAGAAUUGAGCAACUCCAGAGGGAGAGGAGGAAAGUGCUGCAGGACAACAACAUGACACACCAGCCACGCUUCUUCAAGAAGUCUAAAGAUGAUACUUGGGUGAGCAACAACACAUACUGGGAGCAGCGGAGAGACCCUGGCUUCAGUAAAAUGGACUUUCCCGUUUUGUGGUGACCUCUGGCCUUAACCCAACAGUUAAAUAUCUCACUUCCUCUACAGUCAAUUGUAAGAGAGGAAAAGUGUUAAACUGACCUGAGAAGAGCGUCGUGACCUGGUGAUCAUGUCUUACCCUGUGUCAUGGUGAUCCAGACCAAAUACAGACUUCAAACUUCCUCUUUCAAGAGUGGGCACAACCUUUUGAGCAGAAGAGGGUGCUUUUGAUUGAUUUGUCCAUUAAAACUGUUUGUUUCUGCUGUUUAUUAUGUUGUUCUUUUGAUGAUGUAUUUCUCUCCCUUAUAUUAUCAUGUCCUUGCGGUUUUAUCAUGAUUCUAAUUUACACCGUGUCAGUGUAGAGGAAAGGAUGCUAUUCAUUGUUCAUUCAAUGCUGAGGUGCAACAGAACAAUUGAUAUGUUCUGUUGCAUCUCAGUGUUCACCAAAGUGCCUUUUGAUGCAGUGCUGCACUCAAACAGCUGCUGUUGCAGUUAUGCAAAAACACUCAUUCAGAGUCUUAAAAAUGCUUCUUUUGGAUGCACUCAUUGAGUCAUGUCAUUGUGAUAUCAGUGGACUCUAUGGAGGGAAUAAAAACUUGGAUAGAUAAAGGUCAACAUCCUUCAUGUAUUUUGUACAUCCAGUCAGCAUUGUGACUCCAAGAUUUCUUGACUCCAUAAACCAAUGGCUGCUCAGAGGUUCUAUUAUUAAAUGAAGGCCUCUGACUACGGCCACUAUGCUGCCUUGUGAAGAUCACUCAUUACUGUUACUGUCAUUUUGUGUGUAUAUACAUAAAUAUGUAUAUAUAUAUAUGUGUGUGUGUGUGUGUGUGUGUGUGUGUAU